AUGAAGCCUGUUACUCUUAUCGUCUCUGCCCUGGCCACUCUGGCCACCGCUGCCCCGACUGCCACUACUGAGGUCGACAAGCGUUCCUUCGCCUUUGAUAUCAACCAGUUCAAUAACUUCAACAACUUCAAGCAGGUCAACCUGAACUACCUGCUCAACAUCAACGCCCUGCAGCUCGGGCUCUUGGGCAACCUGGCCGAUAUCAACAACUUCAACAUCCUGCAGUUCCAGGGUCUGUUCCAGUCUCAGGUCUUUGACAUCCAGGCCCUUCUCCAGCUUCAAUCGCUGCACACCCUUCUGCAAUUCCACCAGCUCGGUGUCCUCAGCGGCUUCGAUCUCGGCGCUGUCAACCUGCAGUUCCUCAACCUCGGCCUCCUCAACAACGUUGGUGUGCUCGACCUCCAGCAGUUCAUCGCUCCCAACGUUGUCACCCAGGUCCAGUCGGUAGCAUCCCAAGACAUCCAUACAUCCGCUCUCUCGGCAAAACGUGUGUAUUCACACGAGACCCCAGCCCCGGUCUCCUUUGACCCCAACCUCGUUGCUUCGAACCCCGGUGUCGACACGUCGAACAACGCCGCUGGAAACAGCGGCGACACUUCGAAUGUCGUCACCGCGGCCGAACAGGAGGCCCAGGAGGGGCGCGUCUCCCUCGACUAG